AGCCGCGGACUGUGCGGUCCGGGGGAAGGGAGAGCGGGAGGGACCCGGGACCCGGACAGCGGGAAUGGCGGCACUGCUGCGGAGAGUCGCCGGAACUGCGACCUUGAGGUCAGGAUGUCUGCGUAAACUCCACUCAGUGUAUCAGACAGCCGAGCUUCCUGACACCCAUCAGCUCUUACGGGACACGUGCAGAGCUUUUGCAGAGAAGGAGCUGGCUCCGAUUGCGGCUCAAUUAGACAGAGAGCACAAAUUCCCCGCUGAGCAGGUAAAGAAAAUGGGGGAACUCGGACUUUUAGCAAUCGAUGUGCCUGAAAAGUAUGGAGGAACUGGCUUAGACUAUCUGGCUUAUGUCAUUGCUAUCGAGGAGAUCAGCCGGGGCUGUGCUUCCUCAGGCGUCAUUUUGAGUGUGAACAAUUCUUUAUAUUUAGGUCCAAUUUUGAAAUUUGGCUCGGAAGAACAGAAGCAGAAGUGGAUAACCCCGUUCACAAAUGGAACUAAAAUUGGGUGUUUUGCUCUGAGUGAACCAGGGAAUGGAAGUGAUGCUGGUGCAGCCUCCACCACAGCCAGGCUAGAUGGCGAUCACUGGAUUUUAAACGGCACGAAGGCCUGGAUCACUAACAGUUGGGAUGCUUGUGCUGCAAUUGUUUUUGCCACCACCGACAAGUCGCUCAAGCAUAAGGGAAUAAGUGCGUUCUUGGUUCCGAUGCCUACCCCAGGGCUAUCCCUCGGGAAGAAAGAAGAUAAAUUGGGAAUUAGAGCAUCAUCCACUGCAAACCUCAUCUUCGAUGACUGCAGAAUCCCAAAGGAAAACAUACUGGGCAAUCCAGGCUUAGGCUUUAAAAUAGCCAUGCAAACCCUGGACUCGGGUCGGUUAGGUGUAGCGUCUCAGGCUCUGGGGAUUUCACAGGCUGCCCUGGACUGUGCUGUGGAUUAUGCUCAGAAACGGAUGGCAUUUGGCUCUCCUAUAAUCCAACUUCAGGCCAUACAGUUCAAGUUGGCUGACAUGGACCUGGCUCUGGAGAGUGCCCGCCUGCUGACCUGGCAAGGAGCCAUGCUGAAAGACAAUGGCAAACCGUACACAAAGGAAGCUGCCAUGGCCAAACUUGCUGCGUCUGAGGCUGCAACAUCGAUAUCUCACCAAGCUAUACAGAUCCUGGGAGGAAUGGGGUAUGUCACUGAUAUGCCAGCAGAGAGGCACUAUCGAGAUGCCCGGAUCACUGAGAUCUACGAGGGAACCAGUGAAAUCCAGCGAUUGGUCAUAGCCAACCAACUGUUAAAAAGAUAUAAAGGUUGAGAGAGAGACAGACACCUGUGAUAAUCCCUGACUGGGACAAUCCUUUUAACGAUUAAGACUGUCCAAUACAACCAAAAUGGAAAUUGUAAUCCAGUUAAAUUAAUCUGUGAUAUGACUGUAAUACCUCAAAUCAGAUUUUGUUUACAGCCCGUUUGUUAGAUUGUCAAGCAACCGAAUUGUUGCAUGAAAAUGCUCUUCAGGAAAAAUCGAACUGGUGUAGAAACGAAGGAACCAGAAGCUUUUUAAUCUUAUAUGCAGAUAUUGUGAUGAAGGUUGAUUUACAGUGAAAAAAUGUGCCUGUCUCAUUGAUCCUUUCUUAUGUGCUGGGCAAUACAGAGGGCUCUGUUCCCGUCGCUCUGGACUGCAAUAAUAGGGAGCUCAAUUGGUUAGUUAGUUGGAGCUUAUCCUGGGUGCAGAAUAUUAAGGGUUCUAAUCUACAAGAACCACUUCACUUUUUUUGCGGUUGUUAAGACUGUAGACUCCAGAGUGGGAAGUACACAAGGGGGUAAGAGCUGGCUUUGAGAAAUACCUAGAGAGGACAGGGAGGGCUGCAGUCCAUCAAAGCGUUUCAGAUGAGCCUGUCUGGAGAGGCAGAUAAGUUGUAAAGUCCAGCCCUUGUGCCUAGAGCUUCAGUAAAGUUUGUAGUUACCAUUGAUAUUUCUUUCUAAAACCUGCCACAGUCACAGUCUAGACCACUACUCGCAAUGGAACAAAUAAUGUUUCCUCCUCACAAUUAGUGUUAAAUUGCUCUGGAGUAAUUACCUGUUGCUCAAAUCCUAUCUAUUAGCAUGCGAUGUAUUCAGAUCUUUGCUUUCUACUUUUAUUAAUAUAAAAUUUAUGCUCCGUGAAAA